UGUUCUUUUCCCUUUGUCUCGGAGUCACCCACGACUAGGGGAGUGUUCAUCGUGCGACGGCUUAUCAUCAUCCUCUUUUCUUUCUCGGUUUCCGCCGGCGGUUGGCCAACGCCGGUGCUCCCAUCGACCAGUGCUCGGCGGUCGGCCAUUCUCUCUCUUCAACAGUUCCGAUAACGAGCGCGACUCUGUUUUUCUUUCCUCACCGGCUGUGACUAUACAAGCCCUCAACGACCCUUUUCCGGUGGGUUCUAGUGACGACUCGAGGGGCAAUGGAAAGACUGGGAGUCAAUGCCAAGGUCUCAGCUAAUGAUUGCAGGAGCGAAAAUAUCUCCAGGAAGCGAAAAAUUGCAGAACAUAGAAAGUCACUCCCAGUAGCUUCGGUUGAACAUCUGCUCAUACAAGAGGUGCAUAGAAAUGAUACAUUAGUCAUCGUUGGUGAAACUGGGAGUGGAAAAACGACGCAAAUACCGCAGUUCCUGUUUAAUGCUGGAUUUUGUCGAGAUGGGAAAGCUAUCGGGGUGACCCAACCUCGGCGUGUUGCUGCGGUAACUGUUGCUAAAAGAGUUUCUGAGGAAUGUGGUGUUGAAGUUGGGCAAAAGGUUGGGUAUUCCAUUAGAUUUGAGGAUGUAACUUCUAGUUCCACAAGAAUCAAGUACAUGACUGAUGGUCUACUGCUAAGGGAAGCACUGUUGGACCCUUUUCUCUCAAGAUAUUCAGUUAUCAUUGUUGAUGAAGCUCACGAGAGAACAGUUAAUACUGAUGUAUUGCUAGGAUUUUUGAAAAAAGUGCAGAAAACAAGAUCUAGAUCUUUGAAUGACUCUUUGAAUGCUGAGAACAUGCAUGCUAAUGGCCUAGUGGUAGAAAAUGGAAAUAAUGGUAAAUGUGCAAGUUCCCUCAGGCAAUAUCGUGGAAGGAAACUACCUCCAUUGAAGUUAAUUAUCAUGUCUGCCAGCUUAGAUGCACGCCUUUUCUCUGAGUACUUUGGUGGGGCAAGGGCUCUUCGUGUCCAGGGGCGUCAACAUCCAGUGGCUAUAUUUUAUACUCGUAAGCAUGUAUCAGAUUAUUUGGAGGCCACUCUUAUUACUAUAUUUCAGAUUCAUUUGGAGGAGAGUCCCGGUGAUAUACUUGCAUUUUUAACUGGGCAAGAGGAGAUAGAAUCUAUUGAAAAUCUUGCCAAGGACAAGAUUCAGAAGUUGCCUGAAAGCAAACAGAACAUAGUAGUUAUUCCUAUAUAUUCAGCCCUUCCUUCGGAGCAACAAUUGCGAGUUUUUGCCCCAACUCCACCUGGAGUCCGUAAGGUGAUAUUGGCAACAAACAUUGCUGAGACAUCCGUGACAAUACCUGGGAUCAAAUAUGUUAUUGAUCCUGGAUUUGUAAAAGCACGCACUUAUGAUCCAAACAAAGGGAUGGAAUCAUUGAUUGUUUUUCCAACCUCAAAAGCACAGGCACUACAGAGGAGUGGGCGUGCUGGCCGUGAAGGACCUGGGAAAUGCUUUCGUCAGUAUCCUGAGGAUAUGUUUUAUAAACUUGAGGAUUCAACAAAGCCAGAGAUAAAGAGAUGCAACCUUUCUAAUGUCAUCUUACAGUUGAAGGCUUUAGGCGUUGAUAAUAUCAUGGAAUUUGAUUUCUUGGAAGAACCACCAAGGCAAGCUAUUUUCAAGUCGUUGGAGCAAUUGAUUCUGCUUGGGGCUGUAGCACAUGACGGCAAACUAUCUAAUCCAGUAGGACAUUUGAUGGCUCGUAUUCCAUUAGAUCCAAUAUACUCUAAAGCUUUGAUUGUUGCCGGUCAGUUCAACUGUUUGGAAGAAAUGUUGAUAACUGUGUCAAUGCUCUCAGUUGAAUCCAUUUUUUACCACCCUCGUGAGAAGUUAGAAGAGGCAAGAGCUAAAAUGAAAUGUUUUUCAAGUCUGGAAGGUGAUCAUCUCACUCUAAUCAAUGUGUAUCGAUCUGCUGAGGAAUUUUUGAAUAAGAAAAAGUUGGAACUUAGCAAAGAAAAAGUGGAGAAAAGCUUGAAAAAGUGGUGCAAAGAAAAUUUUAUCAAUAGCAGAUCUUUGAGACACGCACGUGACGUUCACAGUCAAAUUAGGGAACAUGUUGAACAAAUGAAUCUUCCUCUUCACUCUUGUGGAGAUGACACGAUUCAGUUUUGUAGAUGCCUAGCUGCUUCCUUUUUCCUCAACGUAGCCACAAAGCAGCCAGAUGGAACAUACAGGGAUUGUGCAAGUGGUGAGGUGGUACAGAUUCAUCCCUCUUCUGUGCUAUUCCGCAAAAAACCAGAUUGUGUAAUUUUCAACGAGUUCGUGCAAACUAAUCAUAAGUACAUCCGCAAUAUCACUAGAAUUGAUCGACUUUGGCUGUCUGAACUGGCUCCGCAUUAUUAUGCACUGCAAAACUAAAUUGAUGUGUCUACGUUCACAUAGUUCAUUGGCUUUCCACAUUGGACAGCUCCAUUUCCAGAGAAGGUGCCCAAGAUGUGGAAGGAUCGACUACAAGGGAUAGCCUGAGGAACUCCUCAAAAGAAAAGGAGGCAGUUAAAGGGAAACCAAUUCUCUUUGCCAUCGUACGUGCUUGUCUAGUGCUCUCACUCCACGAAAUAUUGUGAAAGUUGGCUUAUCUUCUAUGACCAAAGGGAAAAAAGAAGACAUUCUUACUGAAUGUAUCAACAUGAUUGGCGAUUGAUUGCCCUUCAAGAGACUAGCCAACACCCACUUAUGCUUAACAGUACACGACUUCUCUACCCAACAAUUUGGUAUACUUCUGAUUACUUACGUUCAAGACAACCUGCCUUCCAAUGGUCUAAAACAGGGUUGUCACUCUGCAUUGCCUUGGUUUUCAAGUGGUCAUGUGUAGUGUUGGUUUAUUGAAAUUUUGUUUACUGUGGCAAAUGAGUCCCAUUGAAUUGACACUUUUGACCUCUAUAUCUUCUCGAGAGGCUGAGAAAAGUAACGAACAAUUGUCGGUAGCUGCAUUGCCGUGGAGGAUUCACUAUGGGAUAUAGAUAUCAUUCUUGUUGGUUCAGAUUCGAUUAGGAAAAGAAAAUUAUCCUCAGAUUAGUAGAAAUUCAUUGCAGUAAUCUUCUCAGCAGGGUCAGCUUGAGUGACUAGGACUGCCAUUGUUGAUGUACUAUUGUGUGGUUGUUCAUUAAAAUUGCAGGGGGGCUAGAAUAUAAGAGAUUAAUGUGUGUGUUUUGGUGUAUUGGAGACUGAGAUUUUUCAUUUCUAAUUAAUAUCUGAAGUCUUAUAUUUUGUGAUAAGUUAAUUAGGUGUAUAAAGUUGAAUGUUGGAUGUAAA